GCGCUGCGCUGCGGUUGUUAAAGGUCGCACAGGGUUUUAAAAGGGUUCGCCUGUCGUCCGGGAUGUUUUAUUAGCGCGGUGGUUUCGCAUAAAUGGCUUAAAACAAUCCGCGCUAUUUAUAUCUCUGCAGAGUUUGGUCCUUCGCUGACGGCGGAGAGCUGCUGGAUUCAAAGCUUGGGGAAAAAAAAUGCAGUUUCUUGCCAUUCUUCCGCUAAUGUUGUGCGACCUCUCUCUGAGUUUCCCUGCUCCACUAGACACCAUCAUAGUGCAAGUCCAGCAGUGGGGAGUGGUGGGCGCUCAGCGGGUCGUGGACCAGGUCCUUCUCAAUGGCGUCUCUCUCACAGGCACAAGCCAGGAAGUUGACAGUAUUAUCCAAUUCAUGUCAGCUGAUGCACCCCUUCCAACUCGUAUCAUCCUUAACCAGACUUCAGCACUGAGAAACCACACUGUUCUCCGCUCGCGUGAAUGCAUACUGGAGGGGUCUCAGGUGCACUGGACCGACCGUGUGUUCUACGAUGGGAAGGUCUAUCUGUACCUGGACCGCACUGACACGUGGACGGCUCACAUGCCGCAAGCGCUGGCCCUCAAAGGCUUGUGGGACCAGGAGGCUCAGGGCACAAAGACGGAGAGGAUCCGCCUUCAGGAGGGAUGCAUCAAACUAAUGAGAGAACUGAGGCUCUCUGAGGAGCAGUCAGUUCCAGGGACUCCUUUGCCUCAGUUUCUGAUCCCUGCCUUGGCACUCAUGGUGUUUAUGGGACUAGUCCUAAUGAGCCUCCUCCUCUUCAAAAAGCUAGGUUUUAGGCACCCCGGAGGUGUUAUUGGCUCGAUUAUACAUUACCCUAUGGACAUGACUGAAAUGGCUCCAGAGAUAAAAGACGAUGGUUACCGUACUUUGUAAUGCAAAGCUCCAGCUGAUCAACAGCCUCACGCUUGCGUUUCCCUCGCCAUCUGUACUGCUGAAUGUCCUCUUAAUGAUUUUAUGGCGAGUGUGGCUCCAUGAAUGUAACCAAACCUUUGCUACAGAACCAACAGCCCACCGUAUGAAACCUUUGUGGUCUGGAUUUCAAACCACAUUAUUUUAUGCACUUUAAUGCAUGUAUCACACUUUACACUAGUGUUUUUAUUGCAUAUACUUUUAAAAUGUAUAUACACACAUACAUUGAGAUGUGUGAAAAUGUUCACUGCCUGCAGCAAUGUACAAGCUUCUUUUUGCACAAUUAACUUAAUGACUGGAGCAGGUGUUUUCACCAAACAGAAAUUCAGGACUAAGGUAUUCCUUUAAACAGCUCAUGUGAAACUAGUCAAUAUAAAUAUUCUGUUCCAAUGGCACACAGUAUUAAAGUUAAAACAGACAAUAUCAUGUCAGUUGCCUGACAGUGUGUAGGUAAAGCUUUAUUUUGCCACUGAUAGUGAAACACUGGCUCGACUGAACAUGUUUAUUCAACGUGUCAGACUGUGCUUUGUUGUUGGUUGAAUAUAUUUCUUUAUGAUCCUGUACAUUUUUGUGAUUGUGGCUGUUUUUCCCUAUUAUUAUACGAUUUCCAGAAAUGUUAAAUUAAAGAUUCAUGGCACAUU